GUCUGCAUAAGUCCAUGUCCGACUAAGUCUUGCCCUUCCUCCUCGUUGUCUUCGCCAUUGACCGUCUGGCGACCCCAAUAAACAAGCAUGGUUAACACAGUCGUCCGUAUAUCUAACAACGGAUCCCUGCUCUUCGAACCUGAAAUCGUCGACCGUAUACACCCUUAAUUCUACCUCUGGCUUUCCUUCAUCUCCUGUAUCUACCCCACACCCUCGUCUCCCGUCCAUGUCAUCAGACUUUUCGAAUCUUUUCUCGCUCGCCCGAUCCAAGUUGCAUGUGUCCGUUGGGAGUAAGGACAAUGUCAGCUUGCAUCGCUGGGUGCUCCUCAAAAAUUCCAUCGUACGGUCUUCUCACUCCGCUGCUGAAGCUCCAGUCGAAACCGACUCUCCCCACCACGACUUGGACCCCGACUCUGACAGUGAGCAAGACGAAGUGAUGGUCGAACAGGAUUCUUUCAUGUUUCCCGACGUUGGGAAAUGUACAGAAGAAUCGCGUUCCUCUGUGGACCACUCGGAAGCUCAGUGGUUCAAUUCUCUGUGGGAAAGCCUUGGUGACGAUGACGAGGACGACUUUAGUAGUUCUGGCGUGCAGGUGUCUGUGCUACCGGCGGAUGACGAUGACGAUGCUAUCAGUCCAUUGCCGUCUCCCAUGUCCUCGUCAGACGAUCUCACUAAUCCAACGUAUUUCGCCACAUCCAUGACAUAUUCGUAUCCAUAUCCUGUACCAUAUCCUCCCUAUCAUCCUCCACUUAUCUCCCCUUACCAUUUUGAUUCCACUGUUGACUCCUCUCUUUCGGCUGGGUAUGAUGAACCCCUACCUUAUUACGAUCUCGACGAUGUAGAAGAUCUUCCUGUUCCAGAUGCUAUAGAAGACACCUCUGAUGACGAGUCAGACGCGCCGACGACACCAUCAUUGGACCAGUCGACUUCGCUGACGCUUGACCCGGCUUCUAUUCCAUUGCCUACAGGACGCAGCAGGCUCAGGCAUACAGAUCCACACGUGUAUAGUGACGCGGACGACUCUUUCUUCAAACCAUUCGAGUUUGAUGCUCUUCCAUUUUCCCAUGUCCUUCCUAGCUACUUCCUCCAAGAAUGUUGAGCAUCAUCACCAUAAUCAUCUCUUGCCGUCGUCGUAUAUAGGCAUUAUUUACUUGUACGUACAUGCCCUCGUUCCUCUGCUCAUCUACAAUAUGCACCCGUGCACCUCCUGUUUCUUUGUUUUUGGCUAUAGACAUCUGAAGGGUUCUUUGAUUGUGACUAGUUGAUUGAACAGCAAGAAAAAAUGAGGAGACGGCGAUUACGCCUUUCCUGGGCGAGCUUCGGCCGAUGCAUCGCCAUGCUGAGCGGAGGAGGAGGAAGUGAUCUCCGAAGACCAAGCAUCAAAAUUGGAUAUAGGGAGGUACUGGACUGAUGUGUUGUUAAAAGCAGCAGGCCAGACGUGGGAC